CAUAAAAUUGAGUCAACAUGCUUUGAGUUAUUUAUUUCGAUGUUUGCCAUUAAUUCUAAAUGUCAUAUUUAUUCUUCCUGCACCCUUUAUCACAAUCCAAAUAUAUGAAUCAGUAAAUUCACGUAUUUUUUUUAUGGUUGGAACGUACCUAAAGCCUCAUAAGCGUUCUUGUAGGGAGGUCCGUUUCACUGUGCAAUAGAGUGAGACAGACUGAUAGACAGAUGAUCAUGUCUCCAUAACAGACUAAAGGAUCUCACCGCCGUCUCUUUCUUUCGCUCCUUUUUCUAUUUAUUGCUCUGACUUACACCCUUUUUGGGCACUUCCCAUUUUCAAGUUCAGGUGAGACAUGGUCACCUGUUUGUGUAUAGGAUGCCCGUAUUAAGGCAAAAUGGACUGCUUCCUUUUGCUCCGCCUUUGCUUUUGUGUCUCCACUGCGCUGCCCUGUCAAACAUCACCACUGUGCUCUGUGCAUUAUGUGUGGCAGAAAAGAGUUCACUAGACUGAAGAAGACGAGAGCGAAGAUCGAGCCGAUAAAGUGAUCAAGACGGCUGGUUAGAAACCCAAGUCAACGGGCGCAUCGAAAGUCCAUGAAGAAAAGAACAGGAGGAAAGAAGAGGAGUAUAUAUAAAUACAUACGGUACACCGCUUCUCAUUUCCUUCUCGUCUCCACGGCAACCGUGCUUUGCACAGACUUCUGGGAGGAGACCUGGCUGAGCUGUCGCCAGCGUUGGAGCAGGCGAGAGCAGAAAAAAAAUUGCCCAUGAAACACCAUACCUUCAUGAUGUUCCAUCACCCUCGGCCCACAUCUUUUACUUUCUCAUAAUUCUCAUAUUAAACCUGGUGGUGAACAAGUUAAAAUUCCCGCCAGCUUGGGGUUAACUUUAUUUCUGUGAGCGUUCCAAAGUGACUUUUCAUUGAAUUGCAUCUGCAAAAUCAACUCACACUGGACAGUCCCUGAAAUCCUCCACACAGCCCGAGCGGUCCUCAGACAGAGAAAACUCUGACCUCAGAGCCCCCAAACGCCCUCAGACUUCCUGUGUGUGACUUCCUGUGCCCACCUACCCUUCAUCCGAGGCUAUGAGAGGAGGAGUCGAAUCCCAGCUCACUCCAUCAUGCCAGUUGUGAAGAGCAAUGAGGAGAUCCGGGCUGGCAAUGUUCAAGGGACGGCAUUUACACUCCUCCACAAUGCUUGUCAGCCUCCCCCCAUCUCCCACCUGUCCUCGGGGAACACACCUCUCCUCUUCCUCCUGCCCCCAUCGUCCUCCGGCUGCACCCCUGAAACAGACAUUACGUCGGUCGAAUGCUCGGCCACAGCUGCUCCUUCUCUUCCUUAUCUUCUUCGCGCUCCUGCAGCCCAUUCGUGGGGCUCGGGGCAGGGGUGGAGGUCCAGGUUCAGGACCAGGAGGCGCCCCAGGAGGGCAGGGUGGCCCGAGGGGAGGCAGCACUCAACGCGGCGUUGUCAUUCCCCCUCAGUACUCUCCCGGGCCACAGGCUCUGCCCCCAAUCAACCCCAAACUCAUCAGCUCCCUCAGCAUCGCCGUCAUUUUGGUCGGGAACUCUAGUGAAGUGUCCCUGGGGGCGGGACUUGAGAAAGAGGACUUUCUGCACAUCCCCUACCCUCCAAAGGUGGAGGUGGUCACCAUGAAUGAGACCGAUCCAAAGAGCAUCAUCAAUCGGAUCUGUACACAAAUGUCGAGGAACUCUUUGCAAGGCGUGGUUUUUGGCGACGACACGGACCAGGAGGCCAUCGCUCAGAUCCUGGACUUCAUCUCGGCCCAGACUCACAUUCCAAUUUUGGGCAUCCGCGGAGGCUCCUCCAUGGUCAUGGCAGCCAAGGACGACAACUCCAUGUUUUUCCAGUUCGGCCCGUCCAUCGAACAGCAGGCCUCGGUCAUGUUGAAUAUCAUGGAGGAGUAUGACUGGUACAUCUUCUCCAUAGUGACCACAUAUUACCCGGGCUACCAGGACUUUGUCAAUAAGGUCCGCAGUACCAUCGACAAUAGCUUUGUGGGCUGGGAGCUGGAGGAAGUCCUCCUGUUGGAUAUGUCAGUAGAUGACGGUGACUCCAAAAUCCAGAACCAGCUGAAGAAACUGCAGAGUCCGGUCAUCCUGCUUUACUGCACGAAGGAGGAGGCCAGCACCAUCUUCGAGGUGGCUCAUUCUGUGGGGCUCACUGGUUACGGCUUCACGUGGAUCGUCCCCUCGUUGGUGGCCGGAGACGCAGACCACGUGCCCUCUGUGUUCCCCACAGGGCUGAUCUCGGUGUCAUAUGAUGAGUGGGAUUACAACAUUGAAGCCAGGGUGCGCGAUGCAGUCGCCGUCAUUGCCACGGCGACAUCCACCAUGAUACUGGAUCGCGGGCCUCACACCCUCAUGAAAUCCAGCUGCUUUGGGACCCCCGACAAGAAGAACAUCAACACUGGCCACUCCAAGGAAAUACUCAGGUACAUCAUGAAUGUGACGUUUGAAGGGCGGAACCUGUCGUUCAGCGAGGAGGGCCACCAGAUUUUUCCCAAACUGGUCAUCAUCCUGCUCGACAAGGACAGACAGUGGGACAGGGUGGGCAAGUGGGAGAAGGGCUCUCUGGCCAUGAAGUACCACGUGUGGCCUCGCUUUGAGCUCUACUCGGCGGCGGAGGAGCACGAGGACCACCUGUCCAUCGUCACGCUGGAGGAGGCGCCUUUUGUCAUCGUGGAGGACGUGGACCCGCUGAGCGGCACCUGCAUGAGGAACACCGUGCCUUGUCGUAAACAGCUCAAACUCAGCAACCAAACGGGCGAUUCUGGCAUUUACAUCAAGCGCUGCUGCAAAGGAUUUUGCAUCGACAUCCUGAAGAAGAUCGCCAAGGCGGUUAAGUUCACCUACGACCUCUACCUGGUCACUAACGGUAAACACGGCAAGAAGGUGAACGGGACGUGGAACGGAAUGGUUGGAGAGGUGGUGCUUAAGAACGCUCACAUGGCGGUGGGCUCGCUCACCAUCAACGAGGAGCGGUCCGAGGUCAUCGACUUCUCCGUGCCCUUCAUCGAGACGGGAAUUAGUGUCAUGGUUUCCCGUAGCAACGGGACCGUGUCACCCUCUGCCUUCCUUGAGCCCUUCAGUGCUGACGUGUGGGUGAUGAUGUUUGUAAUGCUGCUGAUCGUGUCUGCCGUAGCCGUGUUUGUGUUUGAGUACUUCAGCCCGGUGGGUUACAAUCGCUGCCUGGCAGACGGCAGAGAACCCGGCGGUCCAUCCUUCACCAUCGGAAAGGCCAUCUGGCUGCUUUGGGGUCUGGUGUUCAACAACUCUGUUCCAGUGCAGAAUCCCAAAGGCACCACCAGUAAGAUCAUGGUGUCAGUGUGGGCCUUUUUCGCUGUCAUCUUCCUGGCUUCCUACACUGCCAACCUGGCAGCCUUCAUGAUCCAGGAGGAGUAUGUGGACCAGGUGUCGGGCCUGUCAGACAAAAAGUUCCAGAAGCCUAACGAGUUCUCGCCGCCGUUCCGCUUUGGCACCGUGCCCAACGGGAGCACAGAACGCAACAUCCGCAACAACUACCGGGACAUGCACACCUACAUGACCAGCUUCCACCAGAAAAAUGUGGACGAGGCCCUGUACAGUCUCAAGACCGGCAAACUGGACGCUUUCAUCUAUGACGCCGCAGUGCUUAACUACAUGGCGGGAAGGGAUGAGGGCUGCAAGCUGGUCACUAUUGGCAGCGGCAAGGUGUUUGCCUCCACCGGUUACGGCAUCGCCAUCCAGAAAGACUCGGGUUGGAAACGAGCUGUGGACCUCGCCAUCCUCAUGCUGUUCGGAGACGGUGAGAUGGAGGAGUUCGAGGCAUUAUGGCUGACAGGUAUCUGCCACAAUGAGAAGAACGAGGUUAUGAGCAGUCAGCUGGAUGUGGACAACAUGGCGGGAGUCUUCUACAUGCUCGGGGCCGCCAUGGUUCUGUCACUCAUCACCUUCAUCUGUGAACAUUUGUUCUACUGGCAGCUGCGCUUCUGCUUCAUGGGCGUGUGUUCCGGAAAGCCCGGGGUCACCUUCUCGAUUAGCAGGGGUAUCUACAGCUGCAUACACGGAGUACAAAUUGAGGAAAACAAAUCAACCAUAGACUCACCUUCAUCAUCCAUCAAGAAGAACAUGAACAAUACCCACUCAAACAUCUUGAGGUUGCUCCGCACUGCCAAAGACAUGACUGCAGUGCCGGGCAUUAAUGGCUCUCCGCACGCGGCCCUGGAGUACAACCAUGGUGGCCGUGAAUCGGCCAUCUAUGACAUUCAGGAGCACCGCCGCAGCAUCGUAGGGCACCCUGCGGACUGCAAGUCCGCACCACCCUACAUGCAAGAGGACAACAGGUUCACUGACUACAUCAGCGAGGUGGAGAGGACUUUUGGGAAUUUGCCCCUGAAGGACAACAACUUGUACCAGGACCAUUACCGGCACCACCACCCAGUCUCAGCUUUGGGUAUGUCGGGCCCCCCACCUAAUAGGCCGCGUAGCUUAGGCAGUGCUAGCUCAUUGGAAGGGGGCAUGUUCGAUUGCGAAAGUUUAGGGGGAGGAGUCGCACCCAUCUUCACCACCCAGCCCCGCCCCUCCAUGACUCACAGGAAUACCAAUAAGUUUGACCUGAUUGCAGGUCACCCCCCCGCGGAUUCCAAUCAAGUUGGGUUCAAGGGAAGCAAUGUGUACGGGAGGUUUUCGUUCAAAGGAGGUGCAUCCAGUACGGGGCUCAUCGGGGGUCACGAGAGGUACUGCGGUGGAGGUGGGGGUGGGGGAGGCUCGGGGGGUGACGACGCAAACAUCCGCUCGGACGUGUCGGAUAUCUCCACUCACACGGUCACCUACGGCAACCUGGAGGGCAACGCCAAGCGGCAUAAGCAGUACAGGGACAGCCUGAAAAAGAGGCCAGCCUCUGCCAAGUGCAGGCGGGAGCAAGACGAGAUAGAGCUGAGCGGCUUCCGAAGGAGACCCCACCACCACACCGUCCACCACCACUUCCCUCACGGGCCACUGGCACACCGCACCAUCUCACCUCCCCUGGAGCGGAAGCGAGGAGGGGGUAACGCUUCACCUUACUUAUUCCGCAAAGACAAAGAGAACUUGAGGGAAUUCUAUGCGGAACAAUUCCGCUCUAAGGAGGGCAAGUGGGAGCAAGAGGGUGGAAGUGGAGGAAGUGGUGUGGGCGUCGGUAGCGGUGGUGGUAUCUGUCAAAGCUUAGUUCCUGUGGAGGACUUUCUCAAAAGUAAAUGCAAGAAGCAGGAGUUGAAAGGUGGCCUUGGCUCAGUGUCGGCUGGCCAGCAGGCCCACACCUGCUGGGAGAAGGGCGUUUCCGGACUGGGAGGAGGUGGCAUAGCUGGUGGUGACUGGGAGUGUCGUAACUGCCACAGUGUGUGUCACCACAGCGGAGCGGCGGGGAGCUCCUGCCCAGCUAGUGGAAUUGGGGCGAGCAGCGUUCGCCCCAGCUCCGCGAGCUGCAAGCGCUGUGACUCCUGUAAGAUUCAGCCGAGCAACCUCUACAACAUCAGCGAGGAUAACAACGUCGUGUUUGCUGCAGGGAAAAGCAACAUGGGCCAAACGCCGACUCAGAGCAGGAAGCUUGGGCCGGGUGGGCGGGUCUUACGGAGGCAGCAUUCUUAUGACACAUUUGUCGACCUGCAGAGGGAGGGGUCAGGUCGUAGGGGCGGGGCUGGCGGGGGCGUCGGCGGCCAGUUUGCCCAGCCCCGCAGCGUGAGUCUGAAAGACAAAGACCGCUACAUGGAGGGCCCCAGCCCGUACGCUCAGAUGUUUGAGAGGUACGCAGGGGAAAGAGAGUCUCCCAUGUUUGGAGGAAUAGGCGGAGACAGGGCGCAAGGAGGCUCCUCCUUUAGUUUGUUUCGCGGAGGCGAAGGUGGGUUGCACCGGCGGUCUGUGGGGGAGCGAGACCUAAGGGACAGGGACAGGGCUAUGAUGGGCGGUGGGAGCGGUAGUGGUGGUGGUGGUGGCAGAGGCGCCGGGACUUACUCCUUGUCUAAAUCUCUCUACCCAGAUAAGGUGAACCAGAACCCCUUCAUCCCAACCUUCGGCGAUGACCAGUGUCUUUUACACGGUGCCAAACCGUACUACAUCAAAAAGCCACAGACGCAGCAACAGCAGCAGCAGCUACUCAACAACAGCCGAGGAGGAGGGGACUUCCGGGGCUCCAUGGGGGCGACUUCUUAUUUGCCUGCGUCGGCCACGGCAGGGGUGAUGGCCAAUGUAGCCCCCAGGUUCCCCAAAGAUCUGUGUAUGGGCGGGGCGGGCGGUCCCAUGAGCAACCACCUCGGGGUCAACAAGCUCAUGCCCGGCAGCCGGGACACGUUAGGUUUGGGGCAAAGACCCUUCAAUGGUGCAAGCAAUGGACACGUCUAUGAAAAGCUCUCCAGCAUAGAGUCGGACGUCUGAGGGGGAGAAGAGAAGCAACAAAGUGGGCGAAGACAAAUAAGGAAAACGGAGAACAACAACAACAACAACAACAACAAAAACAGCGCAGUGCAAUGGCCUCUUUGCGCGAAGAGAAGGUGACGACACGAGUGGGUUUCGUUCUCAUGCCACUAAACGCAACCCUCUGGACGAUACGCGACGGCUGCUCAAAGCCAGACUGUGGUCGAGUCCCGUGGACGGCAAGUUUUCAGCGACAAGGGAGGAUUGCGGUGCUAGGAAGGAGGUAGGGAAAGACAGACGGAGGAGCUGCUCUCUUUAUAAGCUCAUAGUUCCAAAACUUUUUUUGCUUUCACAACGGUACUUACAAUCAAUCAUGAAUGAGAAAUCAACACUGCUGAAGCAACAGGGUAAAUUCACAAUAAUUGUACCAUUCGUGUUAAUAUUAUGAGCGAAUACUACUAAAUUGUUUCGAGAUGACUGGUUUGUUUUUCAAUUUUAUUUAUUCAACUAGUGUUUGUAUGAUGUUGAUUGUUUCUUUUGCUUACCAACUUCACAGGAGAAUUGUGGACCACUUUGAAUAUUUUGGGUGCUCCUGUCAUUUUGGAUUCUUCUUUGCAAUGAAUUAUUCCUUCAUAUUUUAUUUAUUGAUUCAUUUACUUUUCAAAACUUUUGAGUAUUGUGACGUGUAUGUGACGAAAAGGCAUGACUUGCUAAGUACAAUGUACUUAUUGGCUUACUUUUUUUCAGCUGCGGAAACCUCCAUCAUCACACCGAUUUGCCCUUCCAUUUCGCUUUUUUGCUUUCCGCUCAGCAGCAACAAAAAGGGUCUCACAUUUCGAGCUGGAUGUGCCUUAAAGGAUUCAUGUUCACGUUUCACCUCCGGGCAAUUGGUUCCCGCCGCUGCUGAAAUUUCCAUCACAGGAGUCACGUGUAAAAGAAAGUUGCGAGGACGACAAAGUUUCAGGCGAGGUGAGGUUAAAUUAAGAUGUCAGAUGUUGUUUCUUAAGGAAGAUACAAAAAUGUUGCAGUAGAGAGCAUUUUUACACUGAUCCUCUAAAAUAGGUACAAUUUAUGAGCCAGUGUGCCAGAAAAAAAAAACAUUCCUCUCUGCCAAACACAAAAAAAACCCACUAUUAUUGAUUACAUUAUCCCCAUCAUAUUAAUUUUAGCAUAACUGAUCACCUGCUUGUUGCCUUUUAUGUUUACUAGCCAAGGCACUUGUGGCGUGAGUUAGCAGCUCUACAUGUUAAUUUGAUUUUAUAUCUAAUAGAUAACAAGGCCUACUGUAUUUACAUUUGAGUGAACUAACAUAACGAGUGCAGCCUCGGUAGGGUCAUUGAAGAUGGGCGUGGCAGAGUGACAAUCUAAUCAUUACACGUUUUAAAUCAUCUCAGUGGGCGGCACAGCUAAAGGGGAGACGGGGGUCCAUGAUUUAAAAUAGUCAUAACCAAUCCCACAAUGGCGCAGCCAUCCCUCUCCCAGAUCCACCAGCCUGCUCUCAUCUACGAAAUUACCAGCACCACGCAGGAUUUAUAUGCCAUUUCACAAAAUAGAGCCCUGAGAGUAAAUUAGUUUGCUCACGUCAUUACAUGACAGUGACUAGUCCUUUCUUUGUGCUUCUUAAAAAUAUUACAAGUAAUUUUGGUAAAUAUCCCCAAAACGCAUUUGGACCAAUAAAAGCUUCCUCCAUCUGCUCGUUUACGAUUCAACAUCAAGGGGACUUGAUUUUCACGGUCCCACUAUGUUUAAUCCUCUUCCCCCCCCAUGUUGAACUUCCUUUGAUUUCAUCCGAGUGACAUCACUUUCGAAAAUGAUUCCCCUACCCGAUGGACCAAUUGAAUCCGUCAAAAAUGCAAUUUUUUUUCCAGGCCAUAUUUAAAUAUGGCGCACACAAUAGAGUGGUUUCUUGUCCACCCCAUUUAAAAAUUGAGAGCAACUUUAUACAGAUCACUGGACAAGUCAGUAUGUAUGAUAAUAAGUGUUUGCAUGUCUACGCUUUUCUUUCUUUAUGCUUUUACGAUUUUAACUUUUUGGGCCAACAAACUGGAUGUUUUUUGAAAGCGUACCUUUUAGAAAUGUCAUUGGUACUGGAUCAGUGUUCGUGUAAGUGUGUGCGUGUGCUUGUCCUUGCAAGAGAAAACACCAAUCUAACACACCAAAAUCGAAAAGAAUACCGCCAGAUCAGCAAGACAUUCAAUCUUCAAAACUAAUUAAUGCUUGUGUUGGCCAAAUGUCCAUGAACAAGUUGGAGGUUUUGCUCACAGUCACUGAAAAAGCCUUUUUUCAUAUUUUUCCUCUUUUUCUGCUUUAAAAAAAAAAAAUUCAAUACAUGAUUUCUGUUGUCGUAGGUGCCUGAAUUUGUAAGAUUGAUUACCUCUGUGUGUGCGAGAGACAGCCUGAGUGAGGAAUACACACUUCUUUUAUAUGUAUUAUACAACUCCGUGUAAAUAGAGGCACUCAUGGAUUUUUGAUAUUUAAAAAAAUAUAUGUACAAAACGGCAGAUAAAAAAGUCUAUUUGGGAUAAAUCUGUGAUUCGUAGGUGCCCCUUGCAAAUUUCUUUUUGUAACUACUUCAGGACACGUUAAUGUGCAGUUGUUUAUAGUGACGGAAAGUGCGCGUUUGCUCGGUUUGUUUUGACGGGGAGGAGAGCGUCUGCACCAACCGAUCCAUGGGAAGCACAAUGUCGUUCCACUUUUGUUCCGUUUGGGCCUCAGACGAUCAAACACCAUCCCAGAGCUGUACAGAUUGUGAAAAAUGUACAUAUGACUCCAAAUCUUGUUAACCAUCACUUUUUUUGUAUGCAAAUGAAUUACUUGUGUGAAGAAAGUAUUUCGGAUUUGAUGGAAUAUUUAGUAAUAUUUGAAUAAUGAGAUUAAAACACACAGCUGAUGUGCGGAUAAGUUCUGAGAAACAUUAUUCUUCUGUCUCUUUGGAAUAAAAGUGUUGAGUAUUAAUAAAAAAAUAAAGUGAAAUC